AUGUUCUCCCAGUCAGAAAUUGAGUGCCUUAAGGCCAUUGAUGAUCCAAGAAUUGUUAGACUCUAUCAAGUAUACAACUUUGGCGGUUUUAUCUAUCUUUUAAUGGAGUUAUGUAAAAAUGACCUCGAUAAGAUUUACAAGCAUAAGAAAAUGACAACACCAGAAGAACUUUUCAAGGUUGUACAUGAUACAGUCCUUGCUGUUAAGGCUUGCCACGAUAGACAUAUCGCUCAUUCAGACAUAAAACCCGCAAAUUUCCUGAUUGAUCAAUAUGACAGAAUUAAGAUCUCCGACUUUGGUCUUUCUUCAUGCUAUGAAAAUGAAUGCAAGUGCUGUUUAUUUAAAGGAACAAAAUUAUUUAUGGCCCCAGAGAUAUUCUCCAAAACCGAUUAUGACCCAUUCUCAGCAGAUAUAUGGUCCUUAGGUGUUACAAUAUAUUAUAUUGCAACACAUCAUUAUCCUUUUGUUGACAAAGAUUUAGAUAAAAUCCCAGAUUUAAUCAUAAAAGGUGAGUAUCAGGAUUUCAGAAUCAAGGAUCCAGAUCUAAGAGAGGUUGUCAGAUGCUGCUUGACAAAAGACGUUUCCAUGCAUUGUACUGUUAACGAAUUACUUGAACUUCCAUAUUUCCAAAAUCAAAUGCAGCAACAAGGGUUGAUACCAUUAUCAAUCUCACGUGGCCAUUUGAUGAUUGUUAAGCCUAUGAUUCCAAAGAGAAGAUCCGCUUUCGGUAUUGAGCAGAUUUCAUCGCUUACAAAUUUCAAAUGCAUGAGACUUCAUUUGAACAAAUCAGAAGCCAAGUUUGAUUUAUAA